ACGCCUCCCUCCCCGCCUGCCAGUGUCACCAGCCUAGUGCUUCUGUGAGAAAGUACCAUUGUAAGAGGCCAAAGGGCAUGAUCAUUUUCCUCUUUCACCCUGUCUAGGUUGCCAGCAAAUCCCACGGGCCUCCUGACGCUGCCCCUGGGGACACAGGUCCGUUGAGUGCUGGAAGGAUGAAGGAUUCCUGCAUCACCGUGAUGACCAUGGCGCUGCUGUCUGGGUUCUUUUUCUUCGCGCCGGCCUCGAGCUACAACCUGGACGUGCGGGGCGCGCGGAGCUUCUCCCCACCGCGCGCCGGGAGGCACUUUGGAUACCGCGUCCUGCAGGUCGGAAACGGGGUCAUCGUGGGAGCUCCAGGGGAGGGGAACAGCACGGGAAGCCUCUAUCAGUGCCAGUCGGGCACAGGACACUGCCUGCCAGUCAGCCUGAGAGGUUCCAACUAUACCUCCAAGUACUUGGGAAUGACCUUGGCAACAGAUCCCACAGAUGGAAGCGUUUUGGCCUGUGACCCUGGGCUGUCUCGAACGUGUGACCAGAACACCUAUCUGAGUGGCCUGUGUUACCUCUUCCACCAGAAUCUGCAGGGUGCCAUGCUGCAGGGGCGCCCUGGUUUUCAGGAAUGUAUCAAGGGCAACGUAGACCUGGUAUUUCUGUUUGAUGGUUCGAUGAGCUUGCAGCCAGAUGAAUUUCAGAAAAUUCUGGACUUCAUGAAGGAUGUGAUGAAGAAACUCAGCAACACUUCCUACCAGUUUGCUGCUGUUCAGUUUUCCACAAGCUACAAAACGGAAUUUGAUUUCUCAGAUUAUGUUAAACAGAAGGACCCUGAUACUCUGCUGGAGCAUGUAAAGCACAUGUUGCUAUUGACCAACACCUUUGGUGCCAUCAACUAUGUCGCGACAGAGGUGUUCCGGGAGGAGCUGGGGGCCCGGCCAGAUGCCACCAAAGUGCUCAUCAUCAUCACGGAUGGGGAGGCCACUGACAGUGGCGACAUCGAUGCGGCCAAAGACAUCAUCCGCUACAUCAUCGGGAUUGGAAAGCAUUUUCAGACCAAGGAGAGUCAGGAGACACUUCACAAAUUUGCCUCAAAACCUGCGAGCGAGUUUGUAAAAAUUCUGGACACAUUUGAGAAGCUGAAAGAUCUAUUCACUGAGCUGCAGAAGAAGAUCUAUGCCAUUGAGGGCACAAGCAAACAGGACCUGACUUCCUUCAACAUGGAGCUGUCCUCCAGCGGCAUCAGUGCUGACCUCAGCAGGGGCCAUGCAGUCGUGGGGGCCGUAGGAGCCAAGGACUGGGCUGGGGGCCUUCUCUACCUGAAGGCAGACAUGCAGGAUGACACAUUUAUUGGGAACGAACCGUUGACACCAGAAGUAAGAGCGGGCUAUUUGGGUUACUCUGUGACCUGGCUGCCCUCCGGGGAAAAGACUUCGUUGUUGGCCUCAGGAGCCCCUCGAUACCAGCACGUGGGCCGAGUGCUGCUGUUCCAAGAGCCACAGGGCGGAGGACCCUGGAGCCAGAUCCAGACAAUCCAUGGGACCCAGAUUGGCUCUUAUUUCGGUGGCGAGCUGUGCGGCGUCGACGUGGACCAAGAUGGGGAGACAGAGCUGCUGCUGAUUGGCGCCCCACUGUUCUACGGGGAGCAGAGAGGAGGCCGGGUGUUUAUCUACCAGAGAAAACAGUUGGGGUUUGAAGAGGUCUCAGAGCUGCAGGGGGACCCUGGCUACCCACUCGGGCGUUUUGGAGAAGCCAUCACUGCUCUGACAGACAUCAAUGGCGAUGGGCUGGUGGACGUGGCUGUGGGGGCCCCUCUGGAGGAGCAGGGAGCUGUGUACAUCUUCAAUGGGAGGCAUGGGGGGCUUAGCCCCCAGUCAAGUCAGCGGAUAGAAGGGACCCAGGUGCUCUCAGGAGUUCGGUGGUUUGGACGCUCCAUCCAUGGGGUGAAGGACCUUGAAGGGGACGGCUUGGCAGACGUGGCUGUGGGGGCUGAGAGCCAGAUGAUCGUGCUGAGCUCCCGGCCCGUGGUGGAUGUGGUCACCCUGAUGUCCUUCUCUCCAGCCGAGAUCCCAGUGCAUGAAGUGGAGUGCUCCUAUUCAACAAGUAACAAGAUGAAAGAAGGUGUUAAUAUCACAAUCUGUUUCCAGAUCAAGUCUCUCAUCCCCCAGUUCCAAGGUCAGAGCUCUCCUCCUGCUCCCCAGGGUAGCUGCUGCCCCAAAUCCAGGCUUAUGGCCCUGGGAUCCCCCACCAUUCAACUCUUGCCUUUUCCGCCCUGCCCAGGCCACCUGGUUGCCAAUCUCACUUACACUCUGCAGCUGGAUGGCCACCGGACCAGAAGACGGGGCUUGUUCCCAGGAGGGAGACAUGAACUCAGAAGGAACACAGCUGUCACCACCACCAUGUCCUGCACUGACUUCUCAUUUCAUUUCCCGGUAUGUGUUCAAGACCUCAUCUCCCCCAUCAAUGUUUCCCUGAAUUUCUCUCUUUGGGAGGAGGAAGGGACACCGAGGGACCAAAGGGCGAGCAAGGACAUACCGCCCAUCCUGAGGCCCUCCCUGCACUCAGAAACCUGGGAGAUCCCUUUUGAGAAGAACUGUGGGGAGGACAAGAAGUGUGAGGCAAACCUGAGAGUGUCCUUCUCUCCUGCAAGAUCCAGAGCCCUGCGUCUGACUGCUUUUGCCAGCCUCGCUGUGGAGCUGAGCCUGAGUAACUUGGGAGAAGAUGCUUACUGGGUCCAGCUGGACCUGCACUUCCCACGGGGACUCUCCUUCCGCAAGGUGGAGAUGCUGAAGCCCCAUAGCCAGAUGCCUGUGAGCUGUGAGGAGCUUCCUGAAGCGUCCAAGCUUCUGUCCAGGGCGUUAUCUUGCAACGUGAGCUCUCCCAUCUUCAAAGCAGGCCACUCAGUUGUUCUGCAGAUGAUGUUUAAUACGCUGGUAAACAGCUCCUGGGGGGACUUGGUCGAGUUGCACGCCAAUGUGACCUGUAACAAUGAGGACUCAGGCCUCCUGAAGGACAACUCGGCCACUACCAGCAUCCCCGUCCUGUACCCCAUCAACGUCCUCAUCCAGGACCAGGAAAACUCCACACUCUAUGUCAGUUUCACCCCCAAAGGCCCCAAGAUCCACCAAGUCAAGCACAUCUACCAGGUGAGGAUCCAGCCUUCCAUCCAUGACCACAACAUCCCCACCCUGGAGGCCGUGGUUGGGGUGCCACAGCCUCCCAGCGAGGGGCCCAUCACACAACAGUGGAGCGUGCAGAUGGAGCCUCCUGUGCCCUGCCACUAUGAGGAUCUGGAGUGGCUGCCAGAUACGGCUGAGCCUUGUCUCCCCGGAGCCCUGUUCCGCUGCCCUGUUGUCUUCAGGCAGGAGAUCCUCGUCCAAGUGAUCGGGACCCUGGAGCUGGUGGGAGAGAUUGAGGCCUCCUCCAUGUUCAGCGUCUGCAGCUCCCUCUCCAUCUCCUUCAACAGCAGCAGGCAUUUCCACCUCUAUGGCAGCAACGCCUCCCUGGCCCAGGUUGUCAUGAAGAUUGACGUUGUGUAUGAGAAGCAAAUGCUCUACCUCUAUGUGCUGAGCGGCAUCGGGGGGCUUCUGCUGCUGCUGCUAAUUUUCAUAGUGCUGUACAAGGUUGGUUUCUUCAAACGGAACCUGAAGGAGAAGAUGGAGGCUGGCGGAGGUGUCCCGAAUGGAAUCCCUGCAGAAGACUCUGGGCAGCCGGCGUCUGGGGAAGAGGCUGGGGAUCCGGGCUGCCUGAAACCCCUCCACGAGGAGGACUCUGAGAGUGGCGGUGGCAAGGACUGAGUCCAGGCCUGUGAUGUGCAGAGGGUCCAGAACUGAACUCAGGACGCCCAGGGCCACUCUGCCUCCGCCUGCAUUCCGCUGUGUGCCCUCGGGCGAGUCACUGCCCCUCCUUGGCCCUCAGUUUCCCUAUCUUGAACAUGGAGCUCAUGCCUGCCUGUCUCCUUUGCAGGCUCAUAGGGAGGACCUGCUGAGGGACCAGCCAGGAGGGCUGCAAAAGUGAGGGUUUGUCAUUACCAGACGGUCCACCAGCCUUUCUUGGUUUCCUUCCUUGGAAGAGAAUGUCUGAUCUAAAUGUGGAGAAACUGUAGUCUCAGGACCUAGGGAUGUUCUGGCCCUCACACCUUCCCUGAGAUGUCCACAGAUGCCUCCCCCUCCGCAGAACCUCUCCCUGCCCACUCCCCUGCACUGGAGUCCAGUCUCUUCUGCUGGCAGAGAGCAAAUGUGACCUGUCUCACUACAUGACUGCGGCACAUGCCUUGCUCUUGGCCAAAGACCAAAUUCCUUGGCAUGCCUUUCAGCACCCUGCAAAAUGAGACCUUUGUGGCCUUCCCCAACCUAUUCUAGAGCCAUGCUGCCUCCUUGUUGAAGCUCCAGUGACACCAGCCUUUCUCCCAGGCCAGGCUCCUUCCUGUCUUCCUGCAUUCACCCAGACGGCUCCCUCUGUCUGAACCUUCCACCUGGCCACCCCUCCUUCCUCGGCUGGCAGAUCCUAGCUCACAUGUCAGACUCGGUUGGGUCCCCACGUCUUUCACACUUCCUCCAGCCUGCACUACUCCUUCAAAGCAUACGUCAUGUUUCUUCAUCCAGCAGCCUGGAUGUUUUUCCCUGUUUAAUGAUUGACAUACUUAGCAGCUAUCUUUCAGUGAACUCUGAGGGUAAAGGUCAUACUUGUCUUGUUCACCUUGGGAUGCCUCGUGAUAUGUCAGGGCGUGGGACAUCUAGUAGGUGCUUGACACAAUUUCAUUGAAUUAAUGACAAAGCCUGUGGGAAGAUACAGAAAAAGAGGGGAUGGACUGGGUGUGGUGGUUCAUGCCUGUAAUCCCAGCACUUUGGGAGGCCAAGGAGGGUGGAUCACCUGAGGUCAGGUAAAGACCAGCCUGGCAAAAUCCCGUUUCUACUAAAAAUGCAAAAGCCAGGCGUGGUGGCACACGCCUGUAGUUCCAGCUACUCAAGAGGCUGAGGUAGGAGAAUCGCUUGAACCCGGGAGGUGAAGGUUGUGGUGAGCCAAGAUUGUGCCAUUAUACUCCAGCCUGGGCAGCAACAGAGCGAGACUCCGUCUGGAGGAAAAAAUAAAAAGAAGGCAUGGGCCUGUGACAUCCCCAUCCUUGGAGGCCGUCUUCCCAGGCUCUGCCCCUGCCCUGGCUCCACACCCUCUCCCAGGACCCAUCACACCUGUGCAAUGGCUCCCACAGAAAGACUGAGCUCAAAGUGGGAACCACGUCUGUUCACUUGGAGCCCCAGUGCCAAGCACUGUGCCUGCGUGUAUUUAUCCAAUAAAUGUGAAAUUCUGUCCA